AUGCCCGCCUCCGACACCUCUCCUCCAGUCCCGACUGCUGCCGCGGCAACUUCCCCUCCGUCCUCGAGUGAUUCAUUCUCUCAACUAGAGCACUCCGCACCCGAUCUCAUCAUUUCGUCGUCUGAUCUCGCGACAUCAUCAACAACGUCGAAAACAAUAGUGAACGGCGCGGAGCCCGAGAAGCACCCAAAGGGAAAGCGGAAGAGGACUGCCGCCAAAGAUAAGAGCAUACUUGAGAAUGCCUACCUCGCGAACCCAAAACCAGACAAGGCGGCGCGUCUGGAUAUCGUGAAGCGCGUUUCCCUCAACGAGAAGGAGGUUCAAAUCUGGUUUCAAAACCGUCGCCAGAAUGACCGGCGCAAGUCGCGUCCCCUCUCUGCACAGGAAAUCGCAGCUCUCCGUUACGGUGGAAUGCAGAUACUCUCCUCUGAUCCUGCAUCAUAUAGCUCUCCGGUCGGCGAGGAUAAGACGUCACCAAUAGUCGAAGCUGCUGCUAUGAGUAGCGCUUCUGCGCCUAUGGAGACACCAGCCAAGCCUGUUCACACGGGCGCGAAGGAAGCCGUCGACGGUCCUCGCACCGCAGAGAACGAGUCAAAUGGUUCGGCCGUCGCCGCAAUCAGUCUUUUACGCUCGACCAGUGGCAUCCUACAAAAUAACAACUCAAAGCGGAACUCUCCAGCAAGCAGGCCGACACCCCGGCCUCAGCAGGCCAAGAAGCCUAAGCUGUGCCGGACCUCAUCGAGUGUAGCCAGGAUGCAAACAUCGCUUGUUGACGCUGACGGGCCGACGGAUGAGAGGGAACCCGCAAGAGUCAAGGUCAACAUGCUGGUGUCCCCAUCGGGCGACUCUGACAAGGAAAAUUGGCUUCCAGAUGAAGAGGGGAACGCACGUCGCAUAUCGCCAGCCGGAGAACUCGGGGCGCCAUUGCCUACGACAGCUGCUUACAAGCCCAACGCGAGGCGGACGGGUCGCAUUCUUCAGGACCAUCCAGGACCAGUCAUCUUUAGUGGCAGCCGCGCCAGAACGAUGCCGGCUAUGGGUCGGAGAGAUUCUGGGAAGGACAUGUCCAUCUUCGAGGAUGAAGGCCUGUCAGCGCAAAAGCCUGCGGAUGAGGUUGAAAUAUUUAUGCGUGGUGAAGUCAGCCCGAGCAAAAAGGGGGACAUGGAUUGCAUCGCAGGCUUGCUGUCUUUGAGUCAAGGGAACUGGAGGUGA